AUGCAGCUAGCGAGGUUAAACGCUGAAAUCCUAACGUCCGAGUUUCCUCGUGGUGUUGGUGCUCAGCCCGCCCCAUCGAUGAUCAAGCGACGCCGGAUCAGUGAUUUUACUCCUACUCCUGGAAGGAGUCGCAUGGUCCUGGGCGUAGGUAGUCCCAGGCCGGAGAAGGAUUCCCGAAGGACAGUCAGCACGAUGCUACGGGUUCCUGAAGAAAAUGGUCUUGAAAUGCUAUCUGGCUUUGUCCAUCCUCCGGAUUCCCGAAGGACAGUCAGCACGAUGCUACGGGUUCCUGAAGAAAAUGGUCUUGAAAUGCUAUCUAGCUUUGUCCAUCCUCCGCGAACCCUUGCUGCCAGAGAGGCAGAACUUACUUCAGCUAUCGAGCAAGCCAGGCAGAUGUCCAUUGCGAAAGUCGAAGCGGACCGGACGCUACAAGACCGAGCGAAUCUGCUAGAAGAGACCGAGAAUCGUAUGCGAGACAUGCACGGUCAAAUGGAAUCGACUCGAGCGGAACUAGUCAGCGUGAUAAAUGAGAAAGCAACCAGGAUCGAUGAACUCGAGAAUACGGUUUUAGAUCUACGCAAAUCACGAGAAGAUCUAGCCAUAGACAAUCAACAACGGCUGGAUGAGGCUCAAGCGGAGAUCGAGAGGCUUAAGAGGGAAGGAGAACAUGACGACACAUCGCGCAGAGCUUUGCUAGUGUCACGGCCGUCGAGCAACUUCUUCCUUAUAGACCGACGGUCGACGAACCUCGGCUAA